AGGACAGAUGUCAGCUUUCAUAAUCAGUUGCAUUUCAUCGUAGCAAAUUUUUGUCAAUUACUUACUUUAAUAAACAGCUGUCCUAUUUCUUAUACAUAUUACCACAGUUUUCGAUAUUAUGUAAAAGUUUUCAAUGUGGCGUGUUAGUUUUGUGAAGUUGUGGCUAUACUAAUGUAAUUUAAAGUGUCUGUAAAUCCUUGAAUAAUCUUUUUGUCCAAGAAUGUCGAUUCCUCCACUCGUUUGCAGUACUCCUCCUCCACCCGACCAGUGCGAAGACGACAAAGAUCCUGGAGAUUUCGACUUAUCAUACAAUUUGUCUCAAGAGGAUGAUGAUGAUGAAGAAAAUGAUUAUAACUAUGGCAACUUUUCUUCCUUCAACCAUUAUGGCCCUAAUGAUAAACCACUUGAAAUCAACAAUCUGGAAGAUGCCAGAACUAUAGACAAUAGUAUAAACAAAGAAAUGUUCAUUGAAUAUGAAAUUAGCAAAGAAGCUGAACAAAGUAGCAGCAGUAGUCAAAUUGGUACCAAUGAUGUACAUGAAAAUAAGUUAAAAUGUGAUGAAGAUAUGAAUAUAGAAGAUUUAAAUUUAAAGUUGGAUGAUGAGAUUGUUGAUAAUGUAGUUGAAAGUGACGAAAUUGAGAAUAGUGACCAGAAUACUGAUAGUAUAAAAGAUUUAAACAUUCCAAGUAACUCUAAUGAUAGCAGUCAGGAGGAUGUUAGCACUAAUACUUAUGAAAAUGUGAUUGAACAUACUCCCACUAAGGAAACUCUUGCAGAAACAGGUGAGGCAGUAGUUGAACAAGAAUCACCAGAUGACCAUUCUAUUGAUAUAAGAGUAAAACAUGAGAAUCUUAUAGAAGAUACUAAAGACAAAGCAGUUGAAAUACCAGUCAUCACAAAUGAGCCCAUUGAAGAAGACUGUAUAGAAAAGUUAAAUGAAAUUCCAGAAAACAUUGAACAUUCCGUGAAACAGUUUGAUAUUGAAUCAAAUGAAAAUGUGGAAGAUGAUGAUUUUGGAGAUUUUGAUGAAUUCCAGUUUGUAAAUACUAAAAGUGUUGUUGCUAGUGUAGUUGACAGUUCAAACCCAUGGGAAAAUAAUGAAACCAGUGAAGUGGACUUUGGGAACUUUACAGCUAAUUUUGAUGACAAUAAGUCUCCUGUAGAAGACACAGUGAAUACUGAAACUAGAACUUCACCCAGUGGAGAAUCCAAUGAGAUUAUAAAAGAGGAUGACACCUGUGAAGAUGAUGAUUUUGGGGAUUUUGAUGACUUCAAAUCAUCUGCUAAAUUGGUAUCAAGUGAAGAUCAAGGAGAAGAUUCAUGCCAUGAAAUGUCAGUACUUAAUUUACAAUCAACUGACAAUGAGCAUCAUAUCAUGGAAAGUGUGAGCAAAGUGUUAAGUUCAGUAUUUAGUGAAGAAAUAUCAGAACCCAGUGAAGAGUUUGAGGGGAAACUAGAACAAUUUCUCAGUGAAACAUGGGGACACUUGAUGGAAAUUGAUGAGAGGCAACCAUACAUUGUGAACUGGAACAACUCUUUAGGACAAAAGACUCUCUUGAAGGCUUUAUGCAUAGAUUCCAGGAACAUUCUCUUUGGACCAAAAUGGAGUAGCCACAUGCCAAAAUAUGCUGCAAACCUAAGUGUGGCGCCUCUCCAACCGCAGAAACAAGCCGCUGCUCCAGUGAACGCAAGUCAAAGUGAACCUAUGGCUGACAAAGCUUCAAGCAAGCCCACCACUUGGUCUGAUCCAUUCUCAUCAGAGGGUCAAGAAUCUUGUAACACAGAACAUGAAAGUGCUGGUGGAGCCAUAGCGCCUAGGCCAACUGAUUUGGAUGUAUUUGAAGCUGCUAUGUCUACUAAGUCAGAGAAAAUAUACUCAAGUACAUUAAAUGUACAACCUAUACGACAAAUAAAUUUACCUGACACUCAUAUUUUUACACCAACCGACUCUGAGAUACCCAGGUCUAAAACAAUACAUUACGACCCCAGUCCAACAGUACUCUUACCACAGCCAGUUGUACCGGAUGUUAAGAAUACGGACAACCCUCUUACGCCAACUACAAAUGAGAUAGUUGAAGUUAAUACGGAGGAUGAUAACGAAUAUUGGGAAUUCCAAGAUUUCAAGGGCACACCAGAUUCCAGUUCCUUGCCAGGUUUAGUAAGUCAUCAUAAAGUACCCGACGAAAGCAAUGUUCACACAGCCAAGACAGUUAAUGCAUUGCCCAAUCCCAGUGUAGCGUAUCAAACGCAGCUCUUGCAGCCCAUUAAGAUAGAACCUUCAAUGCCUACACUAAACUGGCCUGACCCUGGUGAAGUGAAAGCUACAUUUGACGAUUUCACAGAUUUUGUGUCAAUAUCGACACCAUUACCUGAAAGACAAUUCUCUGCUAAACCACAAGAUGAAGACUUAGACGCCAAGUCCAAUACACUAAAGUUUGAUAACUUCAAUGAUCUCAAAGAGAAAAUGACAGUAGUUGCAGAACAGAGCAAUCCUGAAAAUGAGACUUUGGAUGACGAUUUUGAUACUUUUCAAUCGGCACUACCCACAAAAGUUACACAGAACAAUAACUUUAAAUCAAACACUUUUAGUGAUACUCAAACGCCUUUUGAGCAACCAAUAGAUUUCGAUUAUGCAUCUUCGAAAACUAUGAAUAUAAAGUCUGAUACCAUAUCAUUUACGACUAUGACAAGACCGAAUGAAGCUUUAACGAACAAUGUAAGUUACAACUCGAAUACAACAGAAUUUACGAGUAAGAUUCCGUUGUCUUCAAACACACCAAUACAAACAGGCCUUCUACAGCCUACACCUGCGAGCUUUGCCUCAGUAAAUACACAAAACCAACGGACUACUGGCCAAAUAUUGCAACCAUUAUCAUUAGAAAGUUAUUCGCAAAUAAACUGGCCGAGCCCUGGCAUAGAUUUACAGGACCUGUCAAGGUUCAAUCCUGUUGAAACUCUACAAUCAUUGAAAAGUGAUCUAAGUGUUAGUGGUCUUAGUAAAGUUGCCUCACCAGUUCACACUCAGAAAAAUACAACAGUCAGCCAGUCAUCCGACGAUGAUGUUUGGGGCGACUUUGUAUCCAGCAAACCUAAACAACAAACUUCCCAGCCGAAGAAACCACCAGUAUUUGUGGAAGAUGAUGAAUGGUCAGACUUUAUAUCUAGCCCAAGUGUGAAAUCCCAAAACGGAUUAAAUACGAUAAGUUUAAAUGUGCACACUAACUCAAAUAUUCAAAAAUCAGUUCAGAAUAAAUUUUUAAUGAAAAAUAAUCAGACACCUGUCGAUAUUCCGACAUUAAAUUAUAUAACUCCGAAAUCCAACCCUCACAAGACAUACAAUGAUAAACAUUUCCAGAAUUUAUAACAACACAACACUAGAAAUCUGCUUAUUUAUUGAAACUGUACUUAAUUGUAAUAAGUAUUACAUGAAAUUAUAAUUAUGUAAAUAGGGUGGAGGUGUAAAAUUUUAAAAUAUUUCUAAGUAACUAUGUAUUUAAUUUUGUUACAGUCAGAAUUUAUUGUAAUUGAUUUUGCACUAGAUAGUAGUAUAUUAGGUUUACAAACCCAUUAAAUUUAGCACUUGCACAUGCUCAUAUUGUGAUAAGAGGAAGAAUAAUUGCAGUCAAAAUUAUUAUUUAACUAGAAACACAAAUAUAUCCUAUUUAAUUAUUUUAAUUCCAAUUGUAGUAAUGUGCAAGUAUGUAUCAAGCCCCGUCCUUAUUGUUUUGAAUUAGUUUGCCAUUAAGUUUUGUCAGUGCAAUGGAUGAAGAGUUGUAUUAUUAAAGAACGUAAGCCAGUAAAAGCAAUAUGUAAUUAUGAAAUUAUUAUUGAUUUACCUAUCGUAUUUGUAUAUAAUGUGAAUUACCUAUGUAUAAAUUGUAAAUUUGUUUAAAAAUGUAUAGGACUACAUAGAGACGUUUUAUUUGUCUGUUGAAGUUAGCACUGAAAGCCUGAUAUAUUAUACUAAAACUGACAAUUGUUUAGGUUGUACUGUGAGUGAGGCACUAAAAUUAUAUCAAAUUCAUAUAACAUAGAAGAUAUCAAAGCUACAUGAUGUCAAAGAAUAGAUAAAAUAUGUAUUUAUGCCAUAAGUAGAAAUUGGACGAAAGUAAUAAUUGCUGUAUGUUAGGAAAACAUAAUGAAAAUGUUUAUAACCAUUUUAAAUACAAAUUGGUCCAGUCGUUGGAAGUAUAUUUUGUCAGUAUUUGUAAAUCAAAAAUAACAUAUAUUUUAUUUAUAAUCAAUUAAUUUUUCACAUAAUAUUUCUACGAAUUAUUUAAUUAUUUUAAAGACCAAUAUAUGUUUCUUGUUUAUACUGUAUACAAUUGGUUGUAGCUGAUUGUUAUUAAAGUGUAAAUAAUGAGACUUAUUAUCCUUCUAAACUGUGUUUUAUUAAUUAAUCAUAUAUAAAUAAUUUGCUAUGUUUCACUUUCCGCGUCCGAAUGUUCCAUGUCUUCUAUGUGAGUACCAAUUACUUCCUUGUCAUCAUCGUCAAUAUUAGUAAAGAAUUUUGGUAAAUUAUUUUCCAUAGUAACUCUAAAUUGGCAUUGUUCGAACUCAGGCCAUGAAAUGAAU